AUGAUUCCCACUUUUCUUGUUAACCACUUUAGUGACCAAGUUUGUGUUUCUCAGUCUCUGCUCUUAGCCAUAGUCUCGAUAGCAGUAGCUAUCUCCCAGUUCGUCGAAGCUGUGGAUCAAGCCAGACGGAGUACCGUAAGGCAACUCCUGAUCACGGAGAAAGCAAUAGACGAUGCCGCGGAAGAAGCACAGCUCCAGUUGGGGCUGUGCAUGCUCGCGGUCAGCAACGUCCAUCAAGUCGCCACCUGGACGGUGGAAUUCAGUCAGCACUGGAUGUCGUGGCUCGUGUAUGCGAUCGUGUUCGCGAGCCCAAUGCAAGUCCUGGUGUACUCGGGCGUGAUCAUCCUCGUGGGGUUGAUUGACUUAGUGACUUUCGUCACAGCAUCCUCGGAACUUGGCUCGGCGAUGAUUACGUUCUACGCAGUCUGUUGGAAUCUCUUACAGUGGGCAUCAGAAGAGGAUAGGGCGCCUGCGUAUGUCCCAAAGAGGUUUCGCGGAACCAAGCUGUACCAACGUUGGGUGCUCAUCAAAGCAAGUGCAGCUGCGGCAGCAGUCAGACGAGGAGCACAAGCCAUCAAGUCCGUCAUAGCGGAGAUCGUGCAAUCACACGAAAGGACCGUGCAAGAGACGGUGAGAUCGAUCCCCAACGGUGAUCGUUGGGACGAGGACGAUGAAGAUGGUCCGUACACGACGGCCGCGAACAAGCACGCGAAAGGGAGCGCUCCAUCCAUGUUGUGGGAUCUCGACAAGACCAACCAACAUCACAGACCGACAACGUUCCAGCUGUUCAUGAGGUUUCUUCACGCACUCAAAGGUGGAGCUGGUCUGGGAUGGAGCGAAGGAAGCCCAAUAGUGGCGAUGCAAUUGGUUCUCCUAUCUCUGAGUGGCUCAUUCAACAAUAGCUCCAGAGAUCACUCGUAUGACACGGACUCAGUUCUCAUUGCCAUUGACAACUGCUCAUCGAGGUGCAUUACCAACUGCAUGCAGGACUUCAUCGACACCCCAAAGAAGGUCAACGUGUCCGUGCAGGGAAUAGGAGGCACAGUCAUGGCCACGUACAAGGGAACCGUCAGCCACGCCCUAUCGGCUACUGUCCCCACAGCACUGGGCGGCCGUGGCAAAUGA